UUCUAUCUGAACAAUCAAAAGGAAAAUAUUCUCAAAAAGAUGACUAAGUGUAUAGUGACUGGUUGCCAAUCAAAACAAGUUAAGAAGAAACCGACUGGAAACAUAAGCCUCCACUGUUUCCCAAGAUCACCAAAAAGAAUUCGACAAUGGCUAAAGAACACCGGACAAAAAUUUGAUGACGUGGAAAAUAUAAUAAAAACAAUAAUGCAACCAAGGACUUCGAUAAACUAUAGAAUGUGUUCAGAACAUUUUAAUCUUGAAUGUUUUCAUAUGGUGGGUUCACGAAAAAAAUUAAAAAGUGAUGCUAUACCAACAAUUUUUUGUAAUGUUCAAUGUGUGGAUAAAAAUAUCAUAGAAAAUGAAGAUGCAAUACCAUCAACAUCAGUGAUACUUCCUCAUGAAAAUGUAGAUACACCAUUACAGGAAAUUGAUACAUCUCGGUAUACUGAUGCUGAUGACAAUUCGGUUGCUCCUGAUACUCCGUCUUGGUUGACUGAUCAUAGCUAUGCUACAGCAAUGUCUUCUGUGGAAAGCUAUCUUUCAACACAAGAAUCAAUCAAUCCAAUACGUAGUAUCAGUGACUGUGUAAAUAAAAAAAGGAAAUGUAUUGAAAUGACUUCAAGUUCGAAUGUUCAGGGACAAUUAUCUCAAAUAGUUAAUGAUCCAACUCUUUUAAUUUCCAAUAAAUCUUCAUUAACAUCUUCUAAGAGUAGUAUUACUAUUCAAAAAAAAUUAAGGCCAAUUCUUAAAAAAAAUAUAAAUUUUCAAUUGUCAAAUGAACAAAUUGAUGAAUCUCAAUUUUUAAUUAGAAGAUCUCCAAGACUAAACCAAAAAAAAACACAAGUUGAAAAAAAAAAUAUGUCAACCACAACCGACGCAUUUAUUAAAUAUAAUAGUGUUGGAACAUGGACUGGUAGUAUUGAUUUUUUUAUGGCAGAGAUAGACUCAUACAAAAAGAUAUUUGAAGAAGAAGAAAAAAAUAAAGAUAAUUUAUUUACUCCAGAAAAAAUUAGGCAGAUAUUGAAGCCCUCCACUUCUACUCCUAUUAAUGUUAUCGAAUCUAGUUUACCUUUGAGAGAAAUAUUACAUUCUCCAAUUCCACAAGAAUUAAGUUAUAAUCCUGAAAUCAAUAUUCAAGAACAAAUUGAACAACCAAUUUUCAAUAAGAGUUUAGAUAAGGAUGAGCACUCUUUAGAAGAAUCAAUAAUAGAAAAAGAUCAGUUGGAUACAUCGUAUGUUCCAUCUCUAAAUUAUUCAUCAUCUGAAAACGAAUCUGAUAUUGUUGACGAUUCUACAAAAUUUGUAAACGAACGUAAAUUCAUUGUUUUUGAAUCUUGUUUAGAUGAAUUGUUGAAAUAUCUAAAGUGCCCAUAUGGAGGAAUUUGUUCUUCAACUAUUGAAAUUAUGUAUAAAACCAUUACAGGUUCUAAUAUUUCAGUACAUGGAGAAUGUACCAGUGGACAUAAAUUAAAAGUAUGGGAAAGCCAACCACAUGUUGGAAAAAAACCCAUUGAAAUUUAA